AUGGGACGAACUCUGGGCUGGAAGGGCACCGAGGGAUGGCUGACCCUGAUGAGAACUGGGUAUGAGUACCUCCAGCGGCCUGAGAAGUGGGUGGUGCGGCCUAAGCCGAAACCACCUGAGCAAGGCCAGUGCAAACUGUCAAUAUUUGAGUCAAACCCUCUUGUAGGCCUGGAAUCUCAAUGGGCACAGCUGGUGCCUGAGCGGGUUCCACCGGCUCAACUACAUUUGGAAUCUGCUCCUGAGCUAGAGAAAAUGGUGGUGCUAGAGGUGCUUCUCCAACUGCUGAAUCAUUCAGAUGUUCCAAAAGGACAUUUUGCAGUUUAUGUGGGAGAAACAGAGAAGAAACGGUACGUGGUUCCAAUUGCAUACUUAAAUCACGCUUCGUUUCAGGAAUUGCUUAGGAAAGCAGAAGAAGAGUUUGGGUUUCAACAUCCUAUGGGUGGUCUCACUUUACCUUGCAAUGAGGAUGCAUUUUUUCAUCUCACUUCUCGAUUGAACACUACUUUAUGA